UCGCUUCACAGUGUUAGACUGUAUUGUCAAGUGUGUGCGAUAGUGAGAGGGAGAGAGAGAGAGAGAGAGAAGCAGAACAUGUGAAGGAGAGAAAGGAAACCUAAUCUCUACUACUCUGUUUUUUCUCUUGUUUCAUAAUCUUUCGGAUCGAUCGGUGGAUUGGAGGAGAAGUAAGAAACGCAUAUUUCUUUGCUUCAGCUUCUGCUUCCGAGACAGAUUCAUUGUCGGUGAGAGAAGAAGAACAGAGCAAGAAGAUUUGAGGGGGAGUUGUGUAAGGGCAAGAAAGAAGUUGUGAUUUUUUUUCUUUCCGGAAAGAUUGGAGAGGAAGAAGGAUGGGUAUUCCUUAUGACGACGUGGUUAUUAUCACGCCGCCAGAGAACGAAGGGAAUCCUAGUGUCAUUACUGUGAACUGCCCUGACAAGACUGGGUUAGGUUGCGAUCUUUGCCGUUUAAUACUCUUCUUUGGGUUGAAUAUUGUAAGAGGAGAUUUCUCAACGGAUGGGAUGUGGUGCUACAUCGUGUUCUGGGUCGUAGGAAAACCCACGACGAGGUGGGAUUUAUUAAAAAGGAGACUUGUGGGGGCAUGCCCUUCCUGUAGUUCCGCUUCGGUAAUUUACUAUUACAGGUCGGAGUUGCAGCAGCAGCAGAAGCCUCCUGACAUUUUUCUCUUGAAGUUCUGUUGUUUUGAUCGAAGAGGGCUCUUGCACGAUGUUACCGAAGUCCUCUGCGAGCUUGAGCUCAUAAUCAGGAGAGUCAAGGUAUCGACCACUCCAGAUGGAAUAGUAAUAGACCUUUUCUUCAUCACAGACACCAGGGAACUGAUGCAUACAAAGAAGAGGAAGGAUGAUACUUGCGAUCAUUUGAGAGAUGUUUUGGGUGAUGCGUUGAUCAGUUGUGAGAUAGAAUUGGCUAGUCAUGAACUUGUUACAUGUUUACAGAAUUCCUCAUUUCUUCCUGUUGCAGCCAUGGAAGAUAUGUUCAGGUUAGAGCUUCCUGAAGAUCAUCCAAGUGAGUCUGCAAUCGCCAACAAUGUUUCUGUUACAAUGGACAAUUCCCUCAGCCCUUCUCACACACUUGUCCAAAUAAGUUGCAAAGAUCACAAAGGUCUCCUCUACGAUAUUAUGAGAACCUUGAAGGAUUAUAAUAUCCAGAUUUCUUAUGGUCGUUUCUCCAUGAGAGAAAGAGGACAAUGUGAGGUGGAUUUGUUCAUAAUGCAAGCAGAUGGAAAGAAGAUAGUUGAUCCAAGCAAGCAGAAUGCGUUGAAGUCUCGCCUUGGGUUGGAAGUUUUUUGUCCCCUAAGAGUAACUGUGGUUAGCCGAGGUCCAGACACAGAACUUCUGGUUGCAAACCCUGUAGAGUUAUCUGGCAAGGGCCGGCCCCUUGUCUUUUUUGACAUCACCCUUGCACUCAAGAUGCUUGAUACGUGCAUCUUCACGGCCGAAAUUGGGAGGCACGUUAUUGGGGAUCGGGAAUGGGAAGUUUACAGAAUCCUUCUUGAUGAAGGGGAUGGCCCUUCAGUGCCGAGGGAGAAGAUCGAGGAGGAAGUCACAAAGAUGUUGAUGGGCUGGAAAUGAAUGGCUGGUCUACCAGUACUUGUAGGAACUUCUCUAGUCCAGACAUCCAGUGUACAGCAGCAUACCUUCACCAGCCCCUUGUUUAGUCAGUCCAGGUUGAUUAUCCAGAAGUAAUAGGUAUACUAAAUAUUAAUAUUGAGAUUUGACAUAUAUGUUGUGAAUGGGGAAGCUGUUUUUAUGAUCUAUAGCGUCUUGUGGUACUAACUUGGCUGUACAGAUGAUGAGAGAUGUUGACGAGAGAUGAGAUGGAAGAGUUAGCUCCCAUGGCAUUGUAUCAUAAACUGGAAGGAAUCUAAGAUUCUUAUUCCUAUUAAGUUCUUUAUGUA